AUGGCCUCCCCUCAGCCUACCCGUUGGGCCGCUCUCGCCCGCGACACCAACGAGACCAAGAUCCAGCUCGCCCUCAACCUAGACGGCGGCAGCUUUCCUCCGGACACCGACUCCCGUCUUCUCGACGAUGGUGACAGCCAUGCCUCCCAGGCCAGCAAGUCGCAAAAGAUUGCCAUCAACACUGGAAUUGGCUUCCUCGACCACAUGCUCCACGCUCUGGCCAAGCACUCUGGCUGGAGUCUGGCCAUAAACUGCAAGGGCGACCUUCACAUUGAUGACCACCACACCGCCGAGGAUGUCUGCAUUGCCCUUGGCUACGCCUUUGCCCAGGCCCUCGGUACCCCUACCGGUCUUGCCCGCUUCGGCUAUGCCUACGCUCCUCUCGACGAGGCCCUCUCCCGCGCCGUCGUCGACCUCUCCAACCGUCCCUACAGCGUCGUCGACCUUGGCCUGAAGCGCGAGUUCCUCGGCCAGCUCAGCACCGAAAUGGUCCCUCACUGCAUGCAGAGCUUCGCUCAGGGUGCCCGUGUCACGUUGCACGUCCACUGCCUCCACGGUGACAACGAUCACCACCGUGCCGAGAGUGCCUUCAAGGCUUUGGCUCUGGCUAUCAAGGCUGCUAUCACCAGGAUACCGGGCAAGGAGGGCGAGGUGCCCAGCACCAAGGGUACCUUGAGUGCUUAA